AUGUCAGGAGCUACUGCUUAUAAAACAAUAAUCGCUAAAAAGGGUGGUGUUGAUGCUCCUCGUAAUGUAACACAGUGCAAUUAUAGACGUCAAAAAUUUUUGAACAAUCAAAAAGUUAGCCACGAUGAACUUUCAAAUGUAAUUCUUCUGUCGUACGAGUUGAACGCGUUUUACAAAUUGCUACAAUUGCAACCUGAAACAUUAGUUGUUUUAAUGCACGAUCAAAUGAAAAAUCAUUUUCUAAAUGUUUCUGGAAUAGCCAAAGAAAUAAUACCAUUAUAUUAUGAUACUACAUUCAAUCUUGGUGAAAUAUACAUUUCCAUACUGGCAUUUCGAAACGUAAUCUUCUCCGAACGACCAACACAUCCAUUAGCCAUAGUCAUGCAUGAUAGGAAGCUUCAAACGUGUCAUGAACGUUUUGUACAAGUUAUUUUCAAUGAACUGCCAAAUCUUCACAAAAAAUGUUUUCUUAUAACUGAUGCUGAAGAUGCACUAAAGAAUGCUUUUCGAAAAUAUUUUCCAACAAUGUGUCAAUUACGUUGUUGGAAUCAUUGUUUGUCUGAUAUUAGUGCAGCUGCUAAAAAAUAUUUUUUUGUUGGAGAACAAACAAAUGUUGCUGCUCAUGGUGAUAAUCAAAUGUGUAAAAGAGAAAUUAUUGAUCAUGUUAUCGAUACAAUUAAAAAUCUUUUACGUGCACAAUCUUAUGAUGAAUUUUAUGAAAAAUAUAAAAGUGUUUGUUUUCAAUGGCUAAAAGAAUUUCUUGAUUACUUCGAAACAAAUAUUUUACCUGUUGUUAAUGAAUUAGGUGGAUGGUCAAGUCGAAAAUGGAAUUUAUUUAAUGAAGAAUCUGGAAUAACAAACAAUCCGAUUGAAAGUAUAAAUGCUGUGUAUAAACGUUGGCUUGGUUGGAAACAAUUAUCAUUAGAUGCAUUGGUGCAAAUGUUUUACUUAGUGAUGGGAUAUUACGUGAAUGAAAGUCGUCGUGGUCUUUGCUCUUAUGGUGGUUAUCAUUUAGAAUCCGAAUACAAUGAUGCCAAAACUGAUGUUUCACAAUUAACUCUUAUUUCUGGUUAUUCACCUGAUGAGAUUUUGGAAAAAAUUAAAUCUACUAUGGGUAUACGAACAACACCUAAUGCAUACGUUUGUCAAACAGGCGAUGAUGCAUCAUAUGAAACUUGUGUUACUAACCUGGAUAAUAUUAAUAUUGAUGAUAACCAUAAUAAUGAAAAUUCCACAGAGAAAUCCAACGAUAAAUCAGAUAUUAAUAAUACAUUAUCUAUUGAUAAAACCUUUAUUAAUGAUGUUCAACAAGCAACAUUGACAAAUACUAGUCGAGCUAGUCUUCUUCUUGAACAAAAUUUGGUACAAUAUCAUUCUGAUACAAAAGCAUUUACUGUUCGAUCUCUUGAUCGUUCUUCAGUUCAUGCCGUUCAUAUGAAUGAUCCAAAGCGUCUGUUUAGAUGCUCAUGUCCCAAUACUUUGCUUAAUUGUUCGCAUGUACUUGCUGUGAAACAAUUUCUAGGUAUGCCAUUAGAGAAAUGUGAUAAUCAAGUUAAUCUUGGCCAUGCAAGAAAACAAAAACGAAUCGAAGACAAAAUCCCCAAAGCUGGUGGUAAACGUCCUCGUCGAUGCGAUAAACAAUCAAAUACACAAUAUACAUCUCCAUAUUUUUCUGGAACACACAGCCGUACUACAAGUCAUAGUGAAACACAUCAACAUAAUUAUGUUCCAGUUCAAUUAAAUUCAUCAAAUAAUGCUCCAGUGGCACGUAUACUGACAGAUAUAUCAAACUUAUCAUCACCAACAACAUUUAAUAUGAAUGUUACUCCUAAAAUUAUAAAAGCUAUUCGUUUUUUAACACCAGUCAGUCUUGGUAUUUCACAACAGCAAUCAGAUCAAACUGUAAUGCGUUAA